AUGCCUACCACGAGGCCCCAAAUAAACAAUGAACAAUGGCUGCAACAAAAGGAAUUCAUUAGAUACGAGUACCUUGUGAGAAAUACAUCUCUCGCAAGCCUUCUUGCUCUAUUGGCAGGCCGAGGUCUUGCUACAACAAAAGCACAACUAGAAUACCGGCUGAAGCUAUGGCGAUUUUCGAAGAACCUUGACCAAGAAGUUUGGAGAUCUGUUGCAAGAAAGAUCAAGAGGCGAAGUGACGUUGGGAAGAAGAGUGAAGUCAUACACAAUGGCAACCGAAUCAAACAUUCCAAAGUAAUUAAGGAAACGGCACGCCAUUGUAUGAGCUUAUAUCAAGAACUCGCUCUUCGACCACGAUCUCCGAGCCCAAUAAACCCAAGCCUCGUCGUUUGCAGUCCAUUGCCUAUCGAGCAAGACACUGUUUGGCCGCCGAGCAUUCCAUGGCUCAUGCUUCGAGAUCUUCUUUGCGAUAACGCAACCAGUUUUGUGAGCCCUAGUGCCGUCAGGGUCUAUCGAAGUGCAGAUUCCCAUGUACUUCUGUCGUCCAUAGUACAGGCUUUGAGCCAGUCUCGGACAAACAGGCUAUAUUGUUCCUUCCAAGAACUAGCAGUCAGUAUAGGUGCUUCAAUGCCACAAUGGUACCUUGGAGAAUCUACGCAUACUGCCAGUAUUCUUCUAGGCAAUGAAGUAAGCGAAAUCUUGCCUGCAUACAUCAAGUUUAUGAUGUAUGCAUUGUCAAACGGAACGAGAUCUUUUGACAGGGCGCAGUGGGACAUAUUCAGUUCUAUUCUGAGAGAGAAUAUGCCAGACCUUCAGCCAAAACUACGACAACUUCAGAGCCACAGCAUUACUAUUAGAGCAUUCUUGGAGAAAGUCUUCCAAAUGGAGAUUUACUGGGCAACUCAUAUUGAUGACCCCGCUAAUCGCCAUAAGGACUAUCUCCCCCAUAGGUCUUUGGAUAUAAUUCAGAUGCUGUUAGAGUCAGGUCUAGAUCCAAAUCACUGUGUCGCAGAACAUAAUGUCAGGUUGCUUACACCGAUUGGGCGGGCUCUCAACAUCGGCCAUAUUGACCUGACUGAAUUACUUCUCUCCUUCAACGUCCGCAUUGACCAUACACAGACAAGUUUCGACGGACAAAAUGCUAUCUACACGAUUUUGCGCGGACGUCUUUCCAAUGCUCUUCAGUUACGGCUCCUCAAUCUGUUAAAGGAGUACAAAGCUAUCAGUCUAGAAGAAAUCCUUUGCGGAGCGCUCAGACUUGACGACAUGGAGCUCAUCGAAGGGAUUUUGCAAGAAAAUAUUGAUGUCACCAAGGGCCACCUCGAAUGGAGGAUCUGUGAAGCAAAUGAACUCGUUGAUAAAAGCAACAUUUUGUUCUAUGAAUCCCCUCUUACCACAUCCCUAGGGCGGAACUGUCAUUGGACUACAAAAUUACUGAAUCACCAUUCAGUACAGAAAGCUCCGUCAAAAGUCCUCACGGGAGAAAUUUUCAUUGCAGCCGCUAUCAGAGGAGAUUGUCAAAUUAUCAGUCAACUCCAAGACCUUUCUCCCUCUGGCCUUACUUGCAAGUGGAAUGGCAUUACGUGCUUAGGGGCUGCAGUGGCGUAUAAUAACGUACCAGUAGCUCAGUUGCUCCUCGAGCGCAAUGAUUGCACAUCGCCUGAUCUAUUACUGAUAGCAGCCCAUUAUGGCUAUGAGGAUAUGGUAAGACUACUCCUCCAGCACGGUCUUUCACCUGAUGAGAUGGUCAGCCAAGAUGAUGUGCAGUGGUUAAAGUAUUUCGCUGAUGGACCGCCUAUGCCGAAGAACGGUGGCUCAAUCCUUGAUACUAUUCUUCAAGUCCGUUCAAAGCGCUGGAAUGCGUCGAAAGCAAAUUGCUUGUUGAUUUUGAUCGAGGGAGGAGCCCGGCUUCUGGGUGGUGAAAUAGCCAGGCUGGCAGAAAUUGGCUUUCGAGAGCCAUUACAAGCUGCACUUGACAGAGGGAUGAGCCCGAACGACGAAGACGAGUGUGGCCGAACCGCAAUUCAAUGCGCUUUAUACCCCUAUAGGUAUCUUCAAAUCGGCGGUUCAAGGCAUUUUAACACAGGCUGCGAGGUCAACCAACGAUACAGAAUCAUCAAGUUACUUCUAGAAGCUGGGGCUAAGCAAGUCGGCGAAGUUGUCGAUGCCAUUCGAGAAAGCGAUUAUAAUGUCACAAAGCUUCUUCUCGAGAAUGGCGGUACCUUGAAAGAUAUCAACGAAAGGGGAGUCUCAUGCCUCGAGGCUCUAAUCAUGAGCUCUAAUAAUAUUAGAUUUAUUGGUGGUGGCAACCAUUGCUUUCACGACAACUACCCAUUUUGCGACAGAGAAACGCCGAGAAAGGAUCACAAUAUUCGAUUUGGAGUCCAAGAUGGUGGUGCUAUAGCUUGUACAAGUUGCGCAGCAAGCUGGUUUGAUAGUGGCCCGGACGAACGAGAUUUUCUCCAGGCACUACUUGAAAAACAAGACGACCCUAUUGAUGCCGGACCAAUCUGCGCAGCGAUACAAGUCAAAGACUGGGACCUACUUGAUCGCCUUCUUUUACGUCUUCACAAGGAAACAAAUUGCCACUUGCUAGAAGGCACAGCUAUUGGACUAGCUGCUAGGGCUGGACAAGUGGAAGUCUUGGAGAAGCUUUUGAGUCGAUUUCAUCAUCCAUCCGCAAUCCAGUCCGGUUUCAUCCCAUUCCACAUCAGCCACGGUCAAUUGGUACUACGUCCAAGCGAUGACAAAUUACUAACGUUUAAUGAUCACCCAUGGGUUUAUGACACGAAUGACUUCUGGCGUAAGGACCAAGUCUUCGGAUUACGAGGAGUAGCUAGUCCCUUGGCACUGGCAGCUUUAGGAGUAGAUUCUUCAGGUUUUGAAGCGCUUCUGGCACAUGGCUGCUGUGCGGACAAGACUACCUUUACCGUCAUAGUGCAAAAGGAAUCGGCUUCUGUGUAUCUCGAUCUCAUGAGAAAGCACAGUCAACAGCUUGAUACCCGGUUCCCCUCUCAGUCGACCUUAAGCUCAAUAUUACUUGGCCCGAUCAAAAAUGGCAACGUUGAGUUACUCAAAAGAUUAGUGGACGCAGGCUCUGAUGUCAACGAUCAUAAUGUCACAAUAGAUUCAAACCGAUCUCCACUACAACUUUCUGCUCAACUCGGGGACCUAGGUAUGGUGCACUACCUGAUAGAAAAGCAGGCUGAUGUUAAUUCUCCGCCAUCAUUCUCAAGGGGCGGUACUGCACUGCAGUUUGCAGCAAUAGGUGGAUAUAUGGGAAUAGCGAACUUACUAAUAGACCAUGGCGCCCGCAUUAAUGCCAAGGGAUCACGAAAAGAUGGUAGAACUGCUCUGGAAGGGGCAGCAGAACACGGAAGGCUUGAUAUGCUAGAGCUGCUACUUCAGAGGGGUGCUGCCUGGUCAAAUUAUGGACGUCAACAAUUUAUCUCCGCAGUGCGGCUGGCUUCAAAGAAUGCGCAUUAUGCUAUAGUUGAUUGGUUAAAGAAUCGUUAUGGUUGGACAGAAGAGGAUGAGGACUUUCUGGAAAAUGGCAUGGAUUAUUGGCGAGGUUGGGACAUUCGCUGUAAGAAUUGCCGAUAUUUCUGUUGCGACGAGAUACAUGGCAUUGAGGAUGACUGCAUACAUUAUUACCCUGCCGAUAUAGAGGAGGAAUGGGCUGCUGAGUGCUAUUAUUGCAAGUUGGAGGAUAUGGAAGAUGAUGAAUCCCAGUCCGGAGGUGAGGAGGUUUUAUAUCAAGGACCAGGACAAGAGCUGGACGAUUAUGAUAUUUUCUUUGAGCCGUGGGUAAGCGAUUAUAGUCUCUUAUUUGAUUAG